AUGCCUCAAACAUCAAGAAUUCUGCCCGCUAUAUGGGAAGCCCAAAGGGCUCGCAUAGCUGAGCUGUACGUCAAUCAAGACAAGACUCUCGACGAGGUUAUCCAGAUCAUGACUGAAUCUGGCUUCUAUGCUACCGCUUUAGUUACAAAGCGCCAGGCAGAGGGGAAGCUGACGGAACUCAGCAUCGGUGGUAAAGUCAUCUCAGAGAAGAAGAGCAAGAAAGAGUUGAGAAGAUAUCAUGCUUCACAAGUCGAAGAGGAUUUUUAUCAAGUCGUGAGUAAUAAUACCUUUGGUGUGGUGGCUUAUACACCGCCAUCAUCGAACACCAAGAUCGUUCUAAUCAAUGAUCUCCCGUGGUCGAACUUCCGAGAAAGCUUCAAUAACCUAGCUACAGGAAGUCUGCCACUGCAAGAGGCACCCAAAUCCGUCUCCGAUCUGAGACUUCAUGAACUGGUGCCAAAGUUGGAUAAUUCUCUGAAAAGCUUCCGACACCAAGAACCACCAUGGUUGCAAAUUUUCAACUCGCUGGUGUUUCUUUGCUCCAACAAUUUGACGGGAACCGAAGAGACAACCUACAGGCUUCUUCAGGUUGCCAUCUCGAGGGGGCCAAUUGUUGAAAUAUUUGCAAGACACCUUCUAUUUGUGGCGCUCAGAGUUGAAGGAAGCAAAGGAAUGGAAUUCCUGCGUUUCUUACUUGAGUCUGGAGUCAGCCCUGACAGCAUUGAUCCAUAUGACAGACGCUCUGCGCUCUACCAAGCAGCGAGAUUGGGGAACAGGGAUGCCGUCCAGCUCCUUAUUACCCUUGGGGCGGACCCAGAUGCGAAGAUUGAAGGCACCAAAGACGACACACUCGAGAGCCCUCUAAUUUGCGCCCUUGAUUUAUGUCACGAUAGAGAAAUCGCAAAGAUGUUAAUCGACUAUGGGGCAGAUGCAAACUCCGGAUCUGGUAAACCGCUUGUCCUGGCUGUCGGAGCAGACCCAGAGCUGCUACCAGCAGGAGGACUUUCAGUGAUCUUGGCCAACACGUCGAUCGAAGCGGGAGUCAACUCGGACUUAUUGAUUGAGGAACUUCAGGAUACGGAUCUUGAAUUUCUGAAAUUUGAGUUCAAGUACCAUCUCGCGGUCCGAAUGCUUACUCCCCUCCAGUUCGCAGCACUUGAAGGCAAUGUCGACAUUGUCAAGCGCCUCAUCAAGGGCGGCGUAGUCCUGGACAAAUUUUUCGAGCCAGAAAUGUUCAAGAAGAUGGAUCAAACUCUGCCAUUUUCUGGAAUAUUGACUCCUCUACAGAUGUCAAUCCAAGAGAGCGGGGACGAAAUCACCAAAAUCUUGCUAGAUGCAGGCUCAACCAUCGACUUUCGACAUCCAACCACUGCAACGGCAUUGCAACUGGCAUGCCACUUACCGACAAGAGAACAAAAGAAGCCAGAAUUGAUCGAAGUCUUGUUGAGUAGAGGAGCAGACAUAAAUGCUCCUCCUGGGGACCAUGCAGGGAGGACAGCAAUGCAAGCUGCAGCUGAAUCCGGGGAUUAUGGCCUUCUCAAGCUUUUGUUGAGCAAAGGCGGCGACCCCUUUGCCUCUGCUCAUGGUGGGAGUGUCCAUUGCGUUGAUGGAACGAAUUACAUCGUGGAAGCGGUGUCUACAGGUAAAGUCCAACUUCUAGACACAGUUUUGAUGUCUUGGCAUCGCCUCGGGCUACAUUGGCCUAAGGAAUAUAUCCCGUCAGCCGUCAAAGUCGCCAUCCUGAAGGGCAUGACACACAUUGUUGAGUUUCUCGACCCUGGUCUAUCUAGCAUACCCCAAGAAGAUAGAAUAUUCGACUUGUUAAUGCAACGUUCUGUCAAGCCCAAUCUCUACUGUGCCCAGCCUGGAUAUCCAACACCUCUCUGGCCAGCACUGCACGAAGGCAAGCAUUACAUUGCAUACCGUUUAAUCAAUGCCGGCGUCAAUCCAAACCAAAAAUCACUAGCUAUAUAUCGCAAUCGCUAUUGUUGUGAUAUCACAUUCGAAAUGCCAUUGAAGCAGGCAAUAUAUCGAUUUGACUGCAGUUAUAUAGAAAUACUCACUGAAGAAGGAGCAGACAUACAUCGUUUGAUCGAUGAUCCAAAUGCGGUGUGCCGUUUUGACGAACGAACUGCGCUUGGGCUUGCUCUUGACCAAGAUGUCUCGCUCUCAACGGUCCAGUCACUUAUACACUAUGGCGCAGAUGUCAAUAAGCUUUCAAAGUGGGGGACGCCACUUAAACAAAGAUGCCAACUACUUCUGACAGCUGGAGCCGACGUGAAUGCUUCAACUGGAAGGACUGCACUUCAACUAGCAGUCGCCAGCGCUGAUGUCAAUGCCUCAGAGACCGGGAUUACUGCACUUGAAGCGGCCCUUCUUGUCGAAGCUGUCAGUUUACUCCAGUUGGCUAUUACCAAUAAUAACGUGCAGCUAGUGAAAUCUUUUCUUGACGAAGGUUCUGAUGUUAAUGCGGCCAAGAACUUGGGAUUGAUAAAGUGCCCCAUUGACGGAGGCGCCGAUAUCGACGCAAAACCGUUCUACCAUCCCACGACAGAUCUUCAGUACGCCGCAAUGCAUGGCAACAUUGAGAUCGUCAAGUAUCUUGUCGAACAUGGAGCCUCGGUCAACGAAGGGGCUAGCUCUUACUAUAAUCCACCAGCUCUCGGGCUUGCAGUUGCGAAUAAUCAUACUCAGGCAGCCAUAUUUCUCAUCGAGAACUGCGCGUCCAUCGAUGCAAAUCCAGGCCAUUACAGCGGUGCCACAAUGCUUCAGCUCGCCGCAAGACAUGGAAAUCACCAAAUUGUUACUUGUCUUGUUGAGAAUGGAGCGGCAGUCAAUGCAGCACCCGCGGCCAAAAGAGGGGCAACUGCUCUACAAUAUGCAGCGAUCAAUGGUAAUCUUAGGAUGGCUGUUUUCCUCCUCGAGAAUGGGGCUCGUGUCGGCGCCAAAGCUGCAGACGUUGAUGGAAGGACAGCACUUGAAGGAGCAGCAGAACAUGGACGACUUGAUAUGGUCUAUCUUCUGUUGGAGAACGACGAAGAACCUCACACAAUUGAGGAAAGGUGCCGUAACGCAGCAGAGUUUGCAGAGGCUGAGCAUCACAACGUCAUUGCUAGGAUAUUGAGAGAUUACAAAAGGCCAUAA